GCCUUUACUAGUGCUAGCGCUUUCGCGAAAGAUGUACAAUGGCAGCUCGGGCACUGGAGGCGGCAAGAAACCGCGUCCAUCUACUGGUUAUCUCGUGCGGCCUCGGCUAGGAGCCUUGCGGUCCGUCUAUUCCAACAGACCCUUUUCGGCGAUGUCUCCAGACAAAAGAAAAAAGUUAAAAAAAUCCAGUCUUCCGAAAAUGGACUGGAGAAGGAAACCAGAUUACGCUGAAAAUGCAUAUCGAGAAGCAGUGGGUCGAUUGAGAAUCCUCCUCGCCGAAAGCUAUACUCCCAUCAAGAGACCUCUUAAAGAAUUGGACAGCGCAGGUGAAGAAACUGAUAACCAGUCGUUACUAAGCGUUGGAAGCAGAAAUUCUAGAUUCAGCAGACACUACUAUCAUUACAAUCCAGUGACACCAAAAAACGAACUUCCCAAAUUAGAUAACACUGCUCCACCAGAACUUGUUUCUUUUAUUGAAAGACAAGAAGAUUAUAUUGAACAACUUGAAAAAGAAUCACGUUUUUGCAGGGAAGAAUUGUCAUCUCUUCUGAGUAAAGUCAAAGAUGUUAUCAGCGAGAACGAAAAUUUGCACGAAAGGCAAAAGUCAAAGUUAAUUAAAUCCGUCUUCGAUCAUCUGGAAACAGAAACGGAAACUGAGACUGAAAUCGAAAACAAAAGUUGUCUAAAAUCUCCAAGAAAGCAACGAAAAACAAUGCACAUAGAAGGACCAUCUAUUGUUUUUGAAUCAAGAAUAUCGGAACUAGAAGCACAAUUAACGCAGUGUAAAAUAGAUUUAAAAAAAUCUCAAGAUGAAAAUGACACACUUAGAAGGAGAAUUAAUGAUGGAACAAUAUUGGACAGCGUCGGAUAUGAGUCUUAUAAAAAACAGCUAGAAAAUGUACAAAGAGAAAAAGAUACUUUACAAGAUACAGUCAAAAAACUACAAAGCACCUUGUCUAUUAUCAGAGAAAAAGAAAACGAUGUCACAGACAAAGUUAAGAGAAGUUUGGAUGUAGCUGAACAGGCGCAAUAUGAAAAAAAUGCAGCUGACGCUGAAAUUAGGAGACUUAAAGACGAAUUGGACAGACAACAUAUGAAACUUAGGGACGCUAUUGGAGAACAAGGAAGAAGAAUAUCGGACGAAAGAAGUGCAGUAGAAAGAAGAUAUACACAGCAGAUAGAACAACUAACAGCCGAAUUGGGAGUACAGUGGGAAAGCACAAAUAAACUACAAAUGGAAUUGGAUAAACAGAGAAGAGAAAAUUCAGAUCUACGCAGAGAUGUUGCUCAAAAACAAGCACUCAUUGAGGAGCUCAGAAAAGAUAUGCAAAGCAAAAUCAUUACUCUUCAGUCUGACAUUGGAGUGAGUGGAGCCGAAAAAAGUGCUCUUGAACAACAAAUAUCUACUCUACAAAUGGCGAACGAAAGAAACGAUAGGCAAUCCAAACAGGAAAUUGUUCGUUUACAAGCAGAAAUACAAUCUUUAAGACAAAGAUUAGACAGGGCAGAUGCAGAUUUGAUCCACAGCAGACGGGAAAAUAUCAGAUUGUCUGAACAAAUUGCUUCACUGGAAAAAGAGAUAACAAUGAGCGCUGCUUUAACAGAAGAAAGAAAUAAGACGCCAAGAACACCCAGAGGUGGAGACAUUGUAGCACUUCCACCUCCUACUCCCAAAAAAGAAGAAAGAGAAUUGGAAUUAAGCUCUCUGAUCAACGACAUGGAAAAUAAACAUGCGGCCACGGUAGCCGAGUUAGAGGGCAUGAUCUACUCCCAGAAUCAACUCAUGGAAAAACUGUCGAAUGAGUGUCAUGCUCUUACCCAAAAACUGGAUGACACUACGGUCAAGCAUAAACUCGACAGGGCAAACUUACAAACCAAUAACACUGAACUUAUGAUAAGAUUAGACAAUAUUUGGACUUACAUGAAGCAACUGAUGAAUGGACAAAUUGAAAAUAAGGAUGAUGGACAGGUAGUUAUGCUGUAUGGUGUGGUUUUAAUGUGUUUUGUGUUGUUUUAUAGGGAGGAAAUACGGGAACUACAAACUAACCUAGAAUACUUGAGAAAUAAGUUUAGUCAGUCACAGUUUCCAUCGUCAAAUUUUAAAGAUGAAGAACAUACUCCAAGAAGCAUUGAAAGACCUCAACAAAUUAAAAAUACGCCACAAGCUGUCGCCUCACCGACUUCACCAGUCCAACCGCCUCAACCAGUUCCAACAGAACCACAAACAGAAGCAUCACCAAUCCCUCAAACGCAAAAUAUAAGUUCUACUAAUCCGAAAUUAUCUAAGGAAAAUAUUGAGGAAAAAACUCAAAACAAUCAACAACAUUCUGAACUCCCUGAACCAACUGAACCCACACAAGAAAAUCCUACAGAGCAGUAUCAAUACGAUCCCAACCAACAAUAUGAUCCAAAUCAACAGUACGAUCCUAAUUACGAUCCUAACCAAUACGACCCUAAUCAACAGUAUGAUCCUAACCAACAAUAUGAUCCCAACCAACAAUAUGAUCCUAAUCAACAGUACGAUCCUAGCCAGCAGUAUGAUCCUAACCAAGUGUACGAUCCCAAUCAACAAUACGAUCCUAACCAACAGUAUGAUCCUAAUGAUCCCAACCAGCCGUAUGAUCCAAAUGAUCCCAAUCAGCAGUAUAGUCAUGAUCCCACCCAACAGCAUGAUCAAAACAUUGCUCUUUCGGAAGAAGGAGGUGGAAAUGUACAAUCUUAAUUUCUUUUAAUGUAACUAAAGUUGGGUUUCUUUUGUUUAAUUUAUGGGGGGAAUCCCGUGUAGCAUUACGACAAUAUUUAAGAUAAUAAAUUUUUAAUAGUACAUAACCAACAAUAUUAUCAUACCAAAGUUAAUAGGCAAUUUUUUUCAAAAAAAUCUAAAAUAGGGAAAAGCAAAACAAUAAUUACAAAGAUUUAGGUUUGGGGAUCUUGGUGAGCAAGCAAGCAAGAAAGAAAGUUACAAAAUUAAAAAAUCCAAAACCGCCUGUCAUUAGUCGGGAAGUGCGGGAGUUUUUAGGUAAAUUGGUCGGUAUGGAUCAGUUGCGUGUCUAUUGAGGUCGUUAGACUUAAAUCUUUGUUUCUUUUUUUCGAAAAAGUUAUUUACACAUUUAAAAAAUUAGUAUCAACUCAAGAAUAAACUUGAUAGUGUUCUUAUAUUUUUAGUAUUUAAAAUAUAGAUAUACAGAAUAGUGUUAAAAGACUAUUUCUUUCAUUUAUAAAUAAGCAUUUAUUCACGUAAUCAAGACAUGUUGCAUGUUAUUAUUAUUCCCGAUCCCCACGUUGGGCGCCAAAUGUACUAUGGUUUGCUCACUUGGUAGGAUUCAGCAAUAAUAUAAUUCGAUAAUGAGAGAAUAAUAACCUAUUUUAUUUAAAAUAACGAAUAUAACAACAUAUAAAAUUGUGCAGACUGUCUUCAUACUAACCAAGUGGACAGACACUGACGCAAUCAAGCCCUUGUCGAGUACAUUUCCUUGUAAAUGGGCGUAACACUAACAGAUAUCACUACAGCGUACAAUUUUUCUUUUUUUAAGGGAAGCAAUAUGAACAGUUUGCAAUAGACAAUACAUACCUAUAUAUAACCAAGUAGUCUCUUGUAGUGGUCUUCUUAAAAAUAUCAUAAGUAUAUAGUGUUAUUUAGAUUUAGGCGUUGUUUAUAUUUAUAGAAUUUGUAUAUCUUCUACAUGUAAUUUAAGAUUGGCACUUUGGAAAUCCAGGUUAUUUGGAAUGCUUUGUAACCACCAGAAGAAUAUUUGUUUCAGUGUUAUGUAGCUUUUUAAAUCUUAAAUUAUAUAUAUUUGAGUGAAUCUUUCUGCACAUCUUCUUUAAAAAAUGUGAUAGUAACAGAUUGUGAAAUAUGUUUAGCGUGUUCGAUUUGCAGAUGACACUGUAUCAUAUACCUGUUUAUUGCUUUUGGUAUGGACACAGUUUAUAGCUAAAGAAUCAGUUCGCUCACUCUACGUCGGCACUUUUGAUCUGAAUGUUCCAGUUUAUACAUUGCGCAACUCGGAUUUGUAUCCCUGGCGCAUACAGAAUCAAAUCAUAAUAGCCCAAGAGCCCACUGCAAAUUUUUACCGCCAUCUGAUAAUGAAAUAAAAUAUACCCCAAAAGCUUGUAAAAACAUUAUACUUUACCAAAUGGCAACUGUGCCAAUCCCAAUCCUGAGCAAAUUGGUUAAAAAAAAAAUAUUUUAUAUUAAAAAAUCACAUAAGGCAUUACAAUAUAUGACAACCGCUUAUAUUCAAACAGCAGUUUUUUGCGUAUCCUGAAUUUGUAUCCCUGGUAUGGAUGUUAUUAUGGAACAUCCAAUUGGUCCGAGUGAGCUAACUGAUUCUUUAGCUAUAAACUGUG